AUGAACAAACAUGACAUUCAACCCAGCACACACUCCUUCUUACUCGAUGAAACGGAUGAUGAAGAGAUAUUACCACCUAAUGCUUCGGCUGAAACUCACUUCUUAUUAGAUCGUUCCUACUCGUUUCCUCGAUACUUGACAUCUUCACCUCUUCCAUCUGUUCGAUUAGAGGAUGAACUGCCAAAGGAUACAUGGAGUAAGCUUAAAACCAGAUCCAAAUACUACCUCCCCAUCCUACAUUGGUUACCUAUUUACAACCGACAGCUUUUCAUGGGAGAUUGUCUUGCAGGGAUUACAUUAGCAUGUUUGUUGAUACCACAAUCCUUGUCUUAUGCAACUGCAUUAUGUAAGCUAGAUGCGAUUCAUGGGUUGUAUGGUAUCGCGUUUCCAGCUAUUGCUUAUGCUUUCUUUGGAAUGUCAAGACAGAUGUCAGUAGGUCCAGAAGCCACCUUAGCUCUACUUAUCGGAUCAUCCAUUGCACAACAACAGCAUGUGAAGGAAUCAGAUGAUUUCCAGAUCGAUCCUUUAGCUUGGGCUUGCCUCAUGACAUUCUUCGUGGGCAUUUUAACGCUAUUAUUAGGAAUUUUCCGUUUGGGCUUUCUGGAUAGCCUAAUGAGUCGGGCUCUGCUCCGAGGGUUCAUUAGUGGUGUUGCGCUUGUUGUAAUGGUACAACAAGCAAUCACAUUGUUAGGGGUAGUAGAGUACAGUGAGAAAUGGGGUAUAUCCGAAGCUUCAACAACAGUGGAAAGACUCUAUUUUUUAUUUUGUAAUGCGAAGAAUGCACAUAGCUUGUCUUCAAUUGUAUCGCUUAUCUCAGUGAUAAUACUAUUAACAAUGCGAGUCUUGAAAGCAAAGUAUGCAGAGUCGUCGAAAAAAUGGUUCCAGUUAUUUCCAGAUGUUUUGUUGGUGGUAGUUAUCUCUAUAGUGCUUACAAAGAGAUUUGACUGGGAACAUCAGGGUCUCGCCAUUUUAGGAAAAAUUGAUAGUGCUGGAAUUCCAUUGCCUUCUGUUCCUCCUUUUCCAACAAGCAAACAUUUGAAAGAUCUGUUGUUCACCUCAGCCAUGAUUUCUGUUAUCGGUUUUGUAGAGUCCAUUGUUAUAGCGAAAAUUUAUUCGAGCAGACACAAUUACUCAGUGAGCGCUAAUCGUGAACUUGUAGCCUUGGGGGUAGCUAACGUGUGCAGUGGGUUGUUUCAAGGUAUUCCAGCCUUCGGAUCUGUUUCUCGUAGUAAGAUAAACGACAAAGCUGGUGCUCGUACACAAAUGGCAUGCCUUGUUACGGGUAUUAUGGCUCUCUUUGCUAUUAUCUUCCUGCUUCCUUACUUUCAUUAUCUGCCAAAAACUGUCCUUUCAUCUAUUAUUUUUGUUGCUGUUCUCUCCCUUCUCUCUGAGGUGCCAGAAGACCUUCAUUUUAUGUUUAAGUUUGGGGCGUGGAGAGAUUUGGCAUUAUUAUCAAUCACAUUUUUUGCAACCAUCAUUAUAUCGUUAGAGUUCGGUACAUUAUUAGCAGUUUGCUUAUCUCUUCUUCUAACAUUAAGGGAAACCAGUUAUCCUAGAAUAUCUAUUAUGGGAAGAGUUAAAGGAUCUCCGAACAAAUUUAAACCUAUUAAGGAUGCUCCAAGUGAAAUAGAGCAUUUGCAGGAUGUGCUUAUUGUACGCGUAGAGGAAGCACUGUUCUUUGCCAACACAGGUCAGUUGAAAGACCGCUUACGACGAUUGGAGCUAUUUGGUGAUAUGUCAACCCACCCUUCUGAAACCCCCCGACGUAGUGAGUCAUUAUAUACGAUAUUUGAUGUUGGUAGUAUGCCGUCUAUUGAUGCCAGCGCAAUUCAGAUACUGUACGAAAUUGUGGAGACAUACAAAAGUAGAUCUGUAGAAGUUUACUUUGUCAGGUUACGAGAACAGCCUUUAUCAAUGUUUAGGAAAUCAGGGCUACUUCAUAUGAUUAGUGAAAAGCAUUUAUUUAGGAAGGUUUCAGAAGCUAUAGAGCAUAUUGAGCAAGAUUUGAUAAAACGAGAUGCGAUCAUUAUAUAAUAGCCAUAGAAUCUCUCCUUGUAACCCCUUUCUAAAAUUUGACUCCAAGUUAAGGGAAUUAUGACUCCAUCAGCAUCUCCAUAAAUUUGAAAACACAAAAAAGCUGUCAUUUCAGUAAAAUUGAUUGGACAAUCACCUUAUUUCACUCGAUCUUUUCGAUCUAUCUUUCAAAAUUGAUACACAGAAAUUGAAGCCACCUUU